AUGAAUAGGUACGUGCAAUCGUUUGACAAAGUAUGGGAAGAAAUAUUUUUUGUAUCUAUUAAUAAUAAAACCACCUGUCUUCUGUGUGGUUAUCAACCCUCUGUUGUUAAAAAGUAUGUUCUUCAUAGACAUUACAAUAUUAAACAUUCAAAUGAAUAUAGCACGAAAUAUAUGGGCCAGGAGAAACAUGAUUUAAUUCAGGGAUUAAAGCUAGUUUAUCAAGAAGGUUCCAUUUAUGAUAUCGAAGGCUGUAGUUCGAGUUCUGAUACUACAUCUUCAAUAAAAGCCCUUACGGCAUCUUAUGCUAUAUCUAAUUUGAUUGGCAAACAUUCUAAACCGUUUACGGAAGGUAAAUUCGUAAAGGAAUGCAUCGUUGCAGCGGUACAGUCUUUCGGAGAUUUAUUGACUCUUCAGGAAGCUGCUAGCAUUCCAUUAAGUGCCAAAGCUGUUAAAUCUCGAAUAAAUGAUAUUGCUCUUUGCUUGGAAGAAAAAUUAAAAUCUUUAUUACAAUCUUGUUCCUUUUUUUCGUUAUGUUUCGAUGAAAGCACCGAUAAUCGACAUAUGAGUCAAUUGAGCAUUUUUGUUCGAAUCGUGCAAAAUGAUUUUUCAUAUGUCGAGGAGCUUCUAGAUUUUGUCCCAUUGCAUAAAACAACAACAGGUGUUGAUAUUUUUAAAGCCGUGAACCAAACUCUUGAGAAAUUUGACACUGAUUUUUCAAGGUGUUCGGCAAUCGUAACUGACGGCGCGAAAGCAAUGACAGGAUCGAAAAUUGGAUUUGUUGGUCAAAUAAAGCAGCGAGAUUUAAAGUUUCCUAUUAUACAUUGCAUUAUUCAUCAGGAAGCGUUAUGUGGGAAAGUUGUUAAACUGUGUAGUGCAAUGCAAACCGUCACCAAAAUUAUUAAUAUGAUUAAAGGUGGUCAUAAAUUUCUUUCACAUAGGAAGUUUCAACAAUUUCUCGAAGAGCAUAACGCAGUUUAUACAGAUGUGCCUCUGUAUUGCGAUGUUCGGUGGCUUAGUGCAGGAAAAUGUCUAGAAACAUUUUUUACAAUAAGAAAAGAGAUCUUUCUUUUCUUGCAAGAUAAUUUCGAUGUAAAAUAUGAUGAAUUCAAAUCUUUUUUUCAAGAUUUAGACUCUGUCUGCGAGCUUGCUCUCUUAACUGAUUUAACAAAUCACUUAAAUAAUUUAAAUCUAAAGCUGCAAAAAACUGACCAAACUAUUUCACAAUUAGUUUCUCACAUCGAUUCAUUUAAAAGAAAAUUAAAAUUAUUUAAAAAUCAAAUCGAAAAUAAUAUAUUUCAUUUUUAUCCAUCUUGCCAAAUUAUCUUCGAAGAACAUGGCACAAAUUGUAACUUCCAAAAACAUUUAUUUUUAAUAGAAUCCCUGAUAAACCAAUUUGAUAAGCGUUUCAAAGAUUUUGAUAUCCUUAGGAAAGAUUUAAUUCUUUUUGAAAAUCCUCUCACUGCGCAAAUCGAGGAACAAAGCCCAGAUCUUCAGAUAGAACUUUGCGAUUUGCAAUGUGAUCUUUCUCUAAAAAAUCGAUCAGAAAAGGGAGUUAAUUUUUUUAAAAUUUUAAAUGCAUCAGAUUAUCCAUCUCUCAGGAAUUGUGGUCUUCGUAUUUUCUCCAUGUUUGGCUCCACAUAUUUAUGCGAAUGCUCAUUUUCCAAAAUGAAAUUGAUCAAAAAUGAUAAACGUUCUUCUUUAAGCGAUGCAUCAUUAUCCUCGUUGAUGCGAAUUACUUCUUUCAAAAUCUCUGUGGAUGUACCGUCUUUAGUGGAAUCAUGCAAACGACCCAGAAAAUCGAAUUAA